UCCCUUUUAGUUCAACUUUUCACGUCUUAACAUGUCUUGACUUCUCUUGUCCAUCACGGGUUAACCCUUGUAAUUUUUGCUCAGCCAAUCACACCCUUGCGAUCUCUUGUGUUCCCGUUGUGUUUCCCACUCGAUAUUUCAAAGAGUCUUUGCGUAUUUGCUCACUGAAACGUGAAAUUAAUAAACAGGCUUGUACGCAAAUGAAUUAUUAUUGAAGCUGAACAAGUCUUGUGACCUUCCGCUGCUAUAAUGGAGUUUUGAAACCAAAGCAUAUCUAAACUUUGAAGUUGUUUCUUCAGUUUAAUAUUCUCUCGCAGAUGGCUCGCCACUACGAAAACGGCUUCCUUAAUCCGACACUCUCCGCAAGUUCAAAGAACCUCGCGGAACGAAAAAGCAACACUAGUUUAAACGCAAUUGGAAAUAGGUUGUAUGACGAAGCUGGAUCGAACAGCGCAUACAAUACACUGCAAAGAAACACGAACAAUGCGGUAAAACCGAGACAGCUAAAAGGGCCUGAUGUUGUGUACGACAAUGUAGGACCAGGAACGGACUUGAGGAACAUGAAAGACAAACGAAGUUCGCAACCUUCAGAUAAACAUGCAAGACAAAGACGAAGAAGAAGAGAUGGGAUAAUUCGUCUUGUUUUGAUGUUUCUAAUCGUUUUCAUUGCUGCGAUAGCAGUAUUGCUUGCCAUUCUGCUAAUGAUGGGAAAAGUCGGGCCCAGCUGUUCAUGUAACAAUUCAGGUACAUCGCCUAACAGCCAACAAACGACGCAGACAGCAAAGAACAGGUCAAAUCAGCAGUCAAAUGCAUUUGCGAUGAACUUAUCGCCAUUUUACGACAUUUUGGAGGAGCUUCAAGCUAACAUCUCUUCCCUUCGAGAAGAAGCGGAAUCAAUAUUACAAGAUUCAGGAAGAAACAAAGACGCCCUCAUGGCGGCCAAGAGAGAAUUCAACUCCACAAGAGAUGCUGUCAAUCAAUUUUCAGACGGGUUCUACGCGAUUGUCGACCAUGUCAAUAAUACUGUACAACAGUUUAAUCCCGAUCACGGACCUAUCUUCACUCAGCUCCAGGCUUUGAACGAAACGUUGACAAACGAGUUGACAGAGAUGAAACGAACCUCAGAACAAUUCAAUGACGAACUUGACAAGGCGAUAGAUGCUAUGAAUAGCACUAUAUCUGAACAGGUGAAUUUAAAAAUCUCUUUGCCUGGUCCUGUCGGCGAGCGAGGAAUAAACGGCUCAAAGGGACCUAAAGGAGAUGCUGGACCGAUCGGGCUGGAAGGGCCACAGGGAGCUAAGGGACCUCCCGGGGAAAAGGGGAACAAAGGAAGCCCUGGGAACGACGGCUAUCCAGGAGCUAAUGGUUCUAAAGGUCCUCGGGGAGAUAAAGGGCCCCAGGGGAUCAAUGGAGAUGACGGGAGUACCGGACCCCCGGGACCCCCGGGAGUUCCGGGCCCGAGUGGCAUUGGAAACUUCAGCUGGUGCGAGGUAGUCGAAGUCCCCAAGGCACAAACUGCUUCCGUUAAAGACACUGUGGAUGAGAAAGUUAUUUCUGCGACCUGCACAACGGAAUUGGGCGAGGAAGCUAACUUGGACGUAGUCAAGUCGAUUCUCAACGAAUACAAAUGUUCCUGUAAAGGAUCCGACGCUAACGCAAAAUGCACUCUGCAUUACUGGGCUUGCCCUAUACAGGCUCCAACCAUCGUUUCCUCAUUUUUACAGUUGACAGAGAUGAAACGAACCUCAGAACAAUUCAAUGACGAACUUGACAAGGCGAUAGAUGCUAUGAAUAGCACUAUAUCUGAACAGGUGAAUUUAAAAAUCUCUUUGCCUGGUCCUGUCGGCGAGCGAGGAAUAAACGGCUCAAAGGGACCUAAAGGAGAUGCUGGACCGAUCGGGCUGGAAGGGCCACAGGGAGCUAAGGGACCUCCCGGGGAAAAGGGGAACAAAGGAAGCCCUGGGAACGACGGCUAUCCAGGAGCUAAUGGUUCUAAAGGUCCUCGGGGAGAUAAAGGGCCCCAGGGGAUCAAUGGAGAUGACGGGAGUACCGGACCCCCGGGACCCCCGGGAGUUCCGGGCCCGAGUGGCAUUGGAAACUUCAGCUGGUGCGAGGUAGUCGAAGUCCCCAAGGCACAAACUGCUUCCGUUAAAGACACUGUGGAUGAGAAAGUUAUUUCUGCGACCUGCACAACGGAAUUGGGCGAGGAAGCUAACUUGGACGUAGUCAAGUCGAUUCUCAACGAAUACAAAUGUUCCUGUAAAGGAUCCGACGCUAACGCAAAAUGCACUCUGCAUUACUGGGCUUGCCCUAUACAGGCUCCAACCAUCGUUUCCUCAUUUUUACAGUUGACAGAGAUGAAACGAACCUCAGAACAAUUCAAUGACGAACUUGACAAGGCGAUAGAUGCUAUGAAUAGCACUAUAUCUGAACAGGUGAAUUUAAAAAUCUCUUUGCCUGGUCCUGUCGGCGAGCGAGGAAUAAACGGCUCAAAGGGACCUAAAGGAGAUGCUGGACCGAUCGGGCUGGAAGGGCCACAGGGAGCUAAGGGACCUCCCGGGGAAAAGGGGAACAAAGGAAGCCCUGGGAACGACGGCUAUCCAGGAGCUAAUGGUUCUAAAGGUCCUCGGGGAGAUAAAGGGCCCCAGGGGAUCAAUGGAGAUGACGGGAGUACCGGACCCCCGGGACCCCCGGGAGUUCCGGGCCCGAGUGGCAUUGGAAACUUCAGCUGGUGCGAGGUAGUCGAAGUCCCCAAGGCACAAACUGCUUCCGUUAAAGACACUGUGGAUGAGAAAGUUAUUUCUGCGACCUGCACAACGGAAUUGGGCGAGGAAGCUAACUUGGACGUAGUCAAGUCGAUUCUCAACGAAUACAAAUGUUCCUGUAAAGGAUCCGACGCUAACGCAAAAUGCACUCUGCAUUACUGGGCUUGCCCUAUACAGGCUCCAUAACAGCAAAUGAUAACAUGUGACGUCACAGUUUUAGAGUCGACAGGAAACAUUUAAACUUGGAAUAAAAAGAAUCCCUUGAAACCACUAUUCAAACUAAAGCUAACUUGUUCUCAAGGGCCUUCUUCGUCUCUGGCAAAAUGCUCUUCCAGCAAUUAUUUUGUGUAGUGCAGUCUACGUCAUCUAAAGAUGCAGAAGAUAUUCGAUAAAUGAUCCUUGUGGAACAAUCUGACCAAUUAGUAGAACUGGGCUGUUUGCUUGAAAAAAGAUAAUUGAGCAAACCGAAGAUCCAUCAUGGUGGCCAACCAUUUUCAUUCCAACUUUUGUCUAUCGUUACCACCACUUCGACGCAAAGAAAAGCGCGUACGCAAUUCUUACGAUAAGAAGACAUUUUCAAAUGAGAGAUUAUAUAAAAUCUCUUUUGUAUUUUUUAUUCGUGCAAUUACAUGUUAAGUAGGUUUUUUCAAGGGGAAAUUUUGAUGUAUACUUUUUCAUAUGAUAAUCGUCUCUUUUAAAUUUCUAUUUAUUUCGAAAAUUCCCACCUAGGGACUUGGAUUAUAAUGUAAUUUUUGAUAUUCUGAUUCCAUACAUCUUUAUAAGUAAUCUAGGCCUCAUUUUAACCGAACUGUAUGGAUCUUUAAGGAGAUUCAUUGGUAACAUGUAAUAGAGAGUAUGCACCGUACCAGCAUGUCCAGCAGCCAUGCAAAUUUAUUGGAACAAAAGAUAGUGUUUACAUAAGAAAAGAGUUGAACUCCCACAGGAUUGG